AGAGGGACGGGAGUCUGCAGCUGGACACGUGGGGAUGGAGCCAGCUCGGGGCGCCAGGCGGCUGCGGAGGAGCCGGAGGCUGCAGGCGCAGGGGCUAGAGCCGGCGCCCGAGCGACCCCGGGAGGAGUCCAUGGCUCCACCGCUCAGCCCCGAGGACGGGCAAGCGGGUUUUCCCAUAUGAUUCAGGACAAGCCGCUCCGCACCUCCUGGGAGCGAAAGAUGAAAGAGCGCCAGGAGAAGAAAAUAGUCAAGGAUUUUGCCCGGCAUCUUCAGGAGGAAAAACAGAGGGAGCGUGAGGAGAAGAAGCAGCGCCGAAAAGAGAACUUGAAACGACGCCUGGAGAAUGAGCGGAAGGCGGAGAUCGUACAAGUGAUCCGGAAUCCGCUCAAGUUGAAGCGUGCCAAGAAGAAGCAGCUGCGCCGAAUCGAGAAGCGGGAUACGCUGGCACUAUUGCAGAAACACCAGGUGCAGCGCAAAGAGGCCAAGGAGUGAGGCUGCAGCGGGGAAGGGUAAUAAAGCCUCAGGGCAGCUGAUUCUCUGGGUUCCGUCUGUCCUGACACUGCUUUCCCAGCUAUCCUGCCCACCACCUCCUUAUGCCUUCAUAGGGGACUCAUCACCUCUCCUCCCUGCUGUGGGCUGAUCAGUCGCGCUGAGUACACACUGCUGAGUACACGCUGCUGGCUCAGACGCAAGAGCAGGGGGUUAUACAAAGCCAUGGUCUGCACGGCUGCUCUUAAAUGGAAACCUGCAUUGUAUUCUCUUGCACCAGCAAGGCAGGAUGCUGCAGUCCACGGCACCGGGAGGUGUCAUAAGCCCCGAUGGGACAGGGAUGAGAUAUCCUCAUAUUGCCUGACUUGGGGCAAAUAAACCAAAGACUGAGCCAAUGUGUGAACUGGAGCCCCUGGUGUUAAGGCCUGAAUCCUCUUAAGCAGCACACGCUCACUUGCUUGUGGAGCUGGUGGGAGCAGGGAGCUGCUUCUGGUGUCUGUCUUGGCCUGUGCCUUGAUAAUUUGAUCUUCUGUUAGAAGGAACCACGUGGAAAAAGAUUUGGGUUUGUAAGGAACUGGGUUGUGGGCUGGGUGCUGUGUCUGUUGCUGUCUUAUAUUUUUAGUGGGCUGUCACCUUGGUCUGCGGUAAAGGACACUACUCGUUGAAGAGGUUCCUGGCAACAGCUAGUAGAGGAUGAUGAGAGUGAAUUGUUCCCAACCACGUCAGGGCUGUAUAUGAGAAGGGAUUUGUUGAUCCAUGCAGAAAUAGUGCUCUGGCUAAAGAAAUGAAACAGAAAAUACCA